CUUUUAACGGAUUUAGAUCGACGCCAACAGCUGAGCGACAAAAACCGAUCCUAUCUAUCGUCGACGCUUUCCCGAGUUUCCCAAUCGAUCAGCCAGUGAAGCAGCGAAGAGUUAGCCAAAGAGUUUCGGUACAAAUACUCGUAUUUGAUAGAGUGGAGUGACCAAUAUGAGUGGUGUGCUGCGUCGCGGUUCCUUGAGUUUCGAUUUGAACAAGGGCAGGGGCAACAUCGAGGCGAACCUCUAUGGCGGCUAUCGCGAGACAAAGCCAGCGCCUGGCACACCGGAAAUCAGUGUCAUAGCAUUGGACUUUCGCCGCUACUCGGAUGACUUGAAGAAGGUGGUACCAGCACCCUUCACCCCUGGUGCGCCCCAGCAGGAUCCAAGGCAGAUCCCAGACCUCAGCCAGGAUGUGGACAGUGAUGUGAUAUCGAACUUCCUGGGCCACUACACCAGAUGGAGUUUCUUUUGGACCUUUCUGCUCUGCAUAUUCCAGCUGCCCAUCACAUUUCAGCUGUUCAUGUUCGUUUUUCAGACGGCGCCCAAAGAGUUUUGGUGUGCCCAGCCAGCAAAUCUCAACCAAAUGGAUCCCCUGGAAUGGCGUAAACUCAGUCAGACACCCGAUGGUUGCCUCCUGCUGGACCUGGACUACUCCCAACUGAUCGUCGAAGAUGGCCAGCUGACAAAUUGGCCCACGAAUGCCAGCGAACUGGGCUACAGGCAGUGUCAGAACUUCGAGUUUUUCGACAAUGAAGCCCUGACACUGGUGCAGGAGUUCGAGCUGGUCUGCGGCCGGGAUAUCCUCAGCCUGGUGGAGACCUGCUUCCUGGUGGGCGCUGCAGCCGGCGCCGUGCUCAGUGGCUGGAUUUCGGAUCGUUUUGGGAGGCGGCACACCCUAAUGGCAUUCGUUACCGUCCAGGCCGUUUUCGGUGGAAUUUUGGCCUUCUCAACAUCGGUGGCCAUGUUCAUGUCGCUACGUGUUAUAAUUGGAUUCGCAUCAAUGACCGUGACUGUUGUGAGCUUCGUGCUGGUGGUGGAGCUGGUCUCCGGCAAGUGGCGGACCAUAAUCGGUAUUCUCAACAUUCUGCCCGUUGCCAUUACCUACGUCCUGUCCUCAGGGUUGGCCUAUAUCAUACGCGACUGGCGCAUCCUACAGCAGGUCAUCUCCUGGCCCUGGCUAAUUAUGCUUAUUAUGUGGUUCUGGCUGCCGGAGUCGCCGCGUUGGCUGCUGGCCCAGGGCCGCCUGGAUGAACUCUGCGAAUUAAUUGAGCGAGCGGCCAAAAUGAAUGGCACCAGCGGCACGCUGCCACACAACUAUCGCAAGACCCUGGAGGCAGCAGUGCCACGGGCGGUCCAGCCCCAACCAGGGGCCAAAAGCGAGGAGGUGCAGGAUGCCAGUACAAGUGCCACCCAAAUGGAUUCGUUGGAGACCCAACAGAGCGGCCCUGUGAACCCCCUGCUGGUGGUGUUCAGCGGAAUGUACCUGCGCACCACCUGCCUGACGCUGAUCAUCUGGCUCACCCUGAUUAUCAUCUACUUCGGAUUGACCCUGCACCUGAGCAACCUCGGUGGCAACAUCUACAUAAACAAUGCCGUGGCUGGCACCAUCGAGGCCCUGUCCAUCUGCACCAGCAUCCUAGUGGUGCUCAAGGCGGGCAUACGCAGGAGUCUCAUCGGUUACAUGCUGCUGACGGGUCUCUGCUGCCUCGCUACGAAUCUGGUGCCCAGCCAGACGGGUGUGAUAGCCCUGGCCAUCAUAGCCAAGUGUCUGAUUGGUGCGAACAAUGCCAUCAUUCCCACCUACACGGCCAUGCAGUAUCCCACAAUUGUGCGCAACUUUGGCGUCGGAAUGGGCAACCUAGCCGCUGGCAUUGCUCUUAUCCUAGUGCCCUUCCUCUGGCAAUUGGAACACAUUAACGCCCUGCUGCCGUUGAAUGUUAUGGGAGUUUGUGGCCUCAUCGGUGCCUUUGCCCUUUGCCUGACGAAGGAUGUGAAUUAGCUGGAAUCUGGCAUCUUAACUCUCCCGUUUUGACAUGUCUAACUGUGAUAUAUUGAAACCACACACACACACACAUAUAUGGGGAUAGCUCCCGCACUUAAAAGUUUUUCCCAUUCAACACUAAACUAAGCUAAGUUUUUAU